AUGAUCUGGCAGCCGCUAAACCUCACAGAAGCCUGUCCGCCCUACACCCCGAUCUCGGCGUGUUCCAACUUUGGGCUGCUGUACCUCAGCCUGCUGGUGCAGCUGUACGGCGGCUCCGCUGACCGGAGGAGGCAGGAGAUGUGCGAGAGGGAAGGCAAGAAGAGCAAGCGGAACAGAGAGUAUGACUUCAUAGUAGUGGGCGCCGGGGCGGCGGGCUGUGUCGUUGCUAACAGACUGACGGAGAACCCUAAGUGGAAGGUGCUGUUACUGGAAGCCGGCCCCGAGGAGCCGGACGUGACGCUGGUGCCGGGCCUGUCCACCGCUCUGCUGGGCUCCAACAUUGACUGGCGUUACACCACGGAGCCAAACGGCAAGAGCUGUCUCGCGCACCCGGGGGGACGAUGUGCAUGGCCAAGGGGGAAAACAAUGGGCGGUUCGAGUUCUAUCAACUCAUUGGCAUACAUCAGGGGCAAUCGAGCAGACUACGACGGAUGGGCCAGCAUGGGCAAUGAGGGCUGGAGCUAUGAAGAUGUGCUGCCAUUCUUCAGGAAAUCAGAGCGAAACUUGAACAUAGAAGUCCUCAACAGUAAAUACCACGGCGCUAAGGGCGAGCAAUACGUAUCGAGGUACCCCUACAUCGACAAACCCUCUCUCAUGCUGACCGCAGGGUUCAACCAAGGCGGCCUGCCUCUCACAGAUUAUAACGGAGCUCAACAGCUUGGUACCAUGCAAGCACAAGCGGUAUCGCUAGAUGGAGAGAGAGUGUCUACCAACAUUGCUUUCAUCCAGCCUAUCCGUAACAAAAGACCUAAUCUCGAUAUCGAAACUAACUCAGAAGCUACUAAAAUUCUUAUAGACGAGUCUAAACAUGCUUACGGAAUCGUUUAUGUUAAAAACGGUAAAAAAUACACGGCGUACGCCAAAAAGGAAGUAAUCGUCAGCGCCGGAUCUAUUAACUCACCUAAACUUUUAAUGUUAUCGGGAAUAGGGCCGAGGGACCAUUUAGAAAGCUUGGGCAUUCCUGUGGUACAAGACCUACCGGUCGGGGAGAAUUUGCACGAUCACGUCACUUUCAGCGGUAUGAUACUCGCUCUAUCGAACAAAACUGCUACAACAGUCAGCGACGAGGAGAUUCUACGCGCCGUCGAAGACUACUCCCAAAUGGAAUUCAAAAGAGGUCCGUUAUCGGGGAACGGCCCAGUGAAUUCGGUUUCAUUUCUCAAAACCGAACCAGAUCUCAUCGCACCAAAUAUACAGUUCCAAGUUAAUAACAUUCCCAACUGGAGAGAGUUUAUACAAGACCCUGUCACGGCAGAGAAUGUAGCGAUAAUGCCGACAUCUUUCUACGACGCCGUGUUGCCGCGACCGAUGAACUUGGUGCCGAGAAGUAGGGGCGUGCUUCUGUUGAACGAGACCGAUCCGAACGGUCAUCCGUUAUUGUACGCCAAUUACUUUGAUGACGAGAGAGAUUUCAUACCUCUGUUGAAGGCGGUUCGGUUUUUACUGUCUCUCGAGGAUACUGAAGCGUUUAGGUCUAACGGGGCGUAUUUCGUGCGGGAACCGUUACCGUAUUGUAAGAAUUAUGAGUGGGGAACGGACGAGUAUUUCGUAUGCCUGAUGCAAACGUACACUGCGACCACGUACCACCCCGUGGGCACGUGUAGGAUGGGCCCACGCGGGGACAAGCGGGCCGUGUUGGACAAUCAGCUGCGUGUGUAUGGCGUCGGUGCUCUGCGCGUGAUCGACGCCUCCAUGAUGCCUGUAGUGGUGCGGGGGAACACCAAUGCACCGACUAUUAUGAUCGGUGAGAGAGGCGUGGACUUCGUUAUACGCUACUGGAGGGGACGAACUCAAAAUUAUUGUUGAAGAAUCAGGAUCAAAAAUGUAUUACAGAGUGGAAUGGAGCCUGAUGACAACUUAAAUUCAGCUUUCUACACUUAGACUUACGGUUGAAAUUGGCUUAAUGAAAAAACAAAACUUGGAGAAGACCCAAAGGUCUUUCCUAAUGACAGCUCAACCUUUGUUUACUUCAGCGUAGUACUAACUUUCUUCUCAUUUAUCCUCCUCUAUGUUUUGAUUUCAUUAUACCAAUUUCAAAAGCAUGCACUAACAUAGUGCAUGCUUUUGAAAUUGGUUAAGGCGUUUAUUGGUAAAGGCAGAAUU